UAUAUUAUAUAUUCUCCAAACCACCCACGUGGGAUCACCAGCGUCAUCGGCGCGCUCAGCCAAUGAGCGCAGGGUCCGGGGGAUCUGUUGACAGCGGCGGACCAAUGAGGGCCGAGCGGCCGGCGGGUGACGCGCACUGCGGGGAGAGAGUAUAAAGAUCCGCGGGUCGGAGCUCCGGAGCACACCGCUCCUCACGCAGGACCUCCUCUGAUCCCUGUACCGGACUCUGCAGGACCUCAGUGCCGAUCUGGACUACCUGUUUGGGACUCUGUUCCGGGACUCAAGAGCUGCGGGUCUUCCUUCUGAUCCCGGACCUAGUGGACUAUUUGACCGACUACAACAUGACUCUGGAAGAGUUCAUCGGCUCCAACAGCACCGAGAAGAGGAUGGAGACGGUGACGCAGGCGCUGGAGGAGCUGCUGGUCGCGGCUCAGAACCAGGACUCGCUCACGGUGGGGGUCUACGAGUCCGCCAAGCUCAUGAAUGUAGACCCGGACAGUGUGGUCCUGUGCGUCCUCGCCGCGGACGAGGAGGACCAGGACGACGUCGCGCUGCAGAUCCACUUCACGCUGCUCCAGGCCUUCUGCUGCGACAACGACAUCGACAUCCUGCGGGUCUCCGGCGUGGGCCGGCUGGCCCAGUUGCUGGACCAGGACCCGGAGGACGAGCCAAGGGACCUGCACUGCAUCCUGGUCACCAACCCCCCAGUGCAGCCGCUGCAGUCCGCGGCCCUGAAUGACGUCAGCAGCUUCUGCGAGGAGAGCCGCUGCAGGAACCAGUGGGUCCCGUGUCUGGAGAUGCAGAACCGCUGAGCCGAGCCGGGCCGAACCGAGUCAGACCGCUGCGGGGCGGAGAGACCGAGCCGAACCGGCCGAACAGCCGGCCGCCUGCUGGGGGCGAGACCGGCGUUUGACUGGACAGACGGACCGGGCCCAACCGGACCCAUCGGGACCGAAACGGACCGGGCCGAACCGGACCCAUCGGGACCGAAACGGACUGGGCCCAACCGGACCCAUCGGGACCGAAACGGACCGGGCCCAACCGGACCCAUCGGGACCGAAACGGACCGCGCCGAACCGGACCCAUCGGGACCGAAACGGACCGGGCCGAACCGGACCCAUCAGGAUCGAAAUGGACCGGGCCGAACCGGACCCAUCGGGACCGAAACGGACCGCGCCCAACCGGACCCAUUGGGACCGAAACGGACCGGGCCGAACCGGAUCCAUCCGGACCCAUCCGGGACCUAAACAGACCGGGCCGAACCGGACCCAUCCGGGACCUAAACAGACCGGGCCGAACCGGACCCAUCCGGGACCUAAACGGACCGGGCCGAACCGGACCCAUCCGGACCCAUCCGGGACCUAAACAGACCGGGCCGAACCGGACCCAUCCGGGACCUAAACAGACCGGGCCGAACCGGACCCAUCCGGGACCUAAACGGACCGGGCCGAACCGGACCCAUCCGGACCCAUCCGGGACCUAAACAGACCGGGCCGAACCGGACCCAUCCGGGACCUAAACAGACCGGGCCGAACCGGACCCAUCCGGGACCUAAACGGACCGGGCCCAACCGGGGCCGGGACCUUCCGCUGCCCGAUUGAUUCAUUGAUUGGACCUGGGGCACGUGGGGUUCUUAUACCGGACCGGCCUCCCGUAAGAGGGGAGGAGGACUGUACAGGUGGACUCCUUGUGGAUCCCGGUCCAGGGGGACUCAGGUCCAGGGGGACUCAGGUCCUUGUGGAUCCCAGUCCAGGGGGAAUCAGAGCAGGAUGAUUUUUGAAUGACGUGUCACGUGACAGAGAACAGCUGGCCGUCACCUGUCUGUGAUGUCAUAAGUAUUGUGUUACUGAUGACGCAAUACACUGAUUAUUUAAAGGAGUAAUUAAUAUAAUCUGUUUAUUUUAAAUGGUCAAUAAACGACU